AUGGAGAGUGUGGUGAAGCUGCAGUACAGCCAUUGCAAGAUAGCCCACACUUCAUGGAGCUUCAAACACAGCAACACCCACCUCCGCUUCCCCAAAACCCAAACCCCAAAACCCUCCACCACAACCACUCUUUCCCUUUGCCAUGCCCACUUCUUCUCACCAUCACCACUACCACCACACAAGACUAGUUCUUCCACAGAGCACACCACCCUCCAUGUUGAGCCUUCCCAUGAAUAUCACAAGCUCAGGGCCUUACUGGACAUUCUCAUGGAGAAAGACUGUUGCCCUUUGCAGUUGCUUAGAGAUGAUGGUGACUGGACCAUAGACCAAUUCUGGGCUGUCAUCCGAUUCCUCAUACAUGCUUCCAGGCCCAAGGAAAUCUUGCAGUUAUUUGAUAUAUGGAGGAACAUUGAGAAAUCACGGAUUAAUGAGUUCAACUACAGCAAGAUAAUAGGAUUGCUAGUUGAGGAGGACCUCAUUGAAGAGGCAGUAGUAUGCUUUCAGGAUAUGAAGAGUCAGGGUCUUGGGCUGUCUGUGGAAUUAUACAAUACGAUUAUUCAUGGUCUUUCGAGAAAUGGAAACUUUGUUGAUGCCGUGCACUUUCUUAAUGAGAUGAAAGAAAUGAAUUUGGCACCGGACGCUGAUACUUAUGAUGGGCUCAUUGAAGCAUAUGGAAAAUAUAAAAUGUAUGAUGAAAUGGGUAUGUGUCUGAAAAAAAUGAGAUUAAAUGGCUGUUCACCGGACUACAUUACCUAUAAUUUGCUUAUUCGAGAGUUUGCACAUGGAGGGUUACUGAAUAGGGUGGAAAGAGUGUAUCAAUCCAUGGUUUCAAGAAGAAUGGAUUUGCAGGUUCCUACUUUGAUUGCGAUACUGGAAGUUUACGCAAAAUUUGGGAUCUUGGAGAAGAUGGAAGUUUUCUAUAGAAGGGUUUUGAACUCGAGAGCAAUUUUAAAGGAGGAUUUGAUUAAGAAAGUUGCAGAAGUUUAUAUUGAGAACUAUAUGUUUUCCAAAUUAGAGAACUUGGGAGUUGAUCUUUCACCAAGGUUUGGUCAGACUGAUCUCGUUUGGUGUUUGCGUCUCCUAUCUCAUGCUGGUCUUUUGAGUCGAAGAGGUAUGAAUUCCAUCAUUCUAGAGAUGGAAGGAAAAAGUGUCCCAUGGAAUGCAACGGUGGCAAACAUAAUGAUGCUAGCUUAUUUGAAGAUGAAAGAUUUCACCCGCCUGAGAAGUUUGUUCUCCCAAUCACUAACCCGUGGUGUGGAUCCUGAUAUUAUCACUUUUGGAAUUCUAUUUGAUGCAAAUAGGAUUGGCUAUGAUGGCUCUGCGACUUUGAAUACAUGGAGGAAGCACGGAAUUCUUUACAAAGCAGUUGAAAUGAACACUGAUCCUCUUGUUAUUACUACAUUUGGGAAGGGGCAUUUCCUCAGGAACUGUGAAGCAGCAUACUCCUCGCUUGAACCUGAAGUUAGAGAAAAGAAAACAUGGACGUAUCAAGAUCUUAUUGAUUCAGUGUUCAAAGACAAUCAGUACUAAGUAUGAGGGAGUAGAUGAAGUCAAGAUAAGCUAGUGCUUCAGAUAUACUGCUUUUGUCAGUGAACUGACUAAAGGACAGACAUUUGUACAGGAAUGCUUGAAAGUACUUCAUGAUGGAUUUGAUUGGUUGAACAGCUUCUCUUUUCUGUCUUUGUCAUCAUAUGGAGGAGAAUCUGAGUCCGUGUUUCAUAAAGCCUCAUCUAUUUGGAGUACUGAUUUUAAUGGUAGCUUAUGGCAACUAUAGCAGACACUAACUAGGUGUAUUGAGUGAAAUCCAAGUCUGCUAGAGGUACUACUGCAGCUGGUUUAAACUCCAAACCUGUAACAAUGAUCUUCCCGUCAUAUGUAUAUUGCAUCAUGUAUUUGUCUAUCUGCUUAUUGUUUGGAUCUGCAUCUUAUGCCAUCUUCACGUCAUAUUACAGUGUCAAACUAAUUAACUUCAAUUGCAAUUGAGCAGGUCUUCAAUUUCAUAUCUUGUUUGGCGGUCCAAUAAAUGGGAAAUUUGGCAAAUUUCCUAUUUCUUGUCAAAUUAGAGAGUAGUCUGAGGCCUCAAUUCCUCAUGUUUACUCGUUUGUUCCAUCAUAAAUCUUGGAGAUGUUCUCAGCUCUAUGCAGAAGAAGGGUUGCACAAUCUCAUUCAUUGUUAAGUGGUAUCCGAAGCAGAUUUAGAACUGUUUCCCUGAGCAAACCACAGCUUGAAGGCAGCUCACUUCCCUGCAAUUAGAUUCCUGCAAACUGGAUUCAGCUAAACUGUUGCUUGACCUGAUAGAGAUACAGUUUGCAGCCUCCAAGAAUGAGCCAGAACCGAAGCUCUUGCAACAUCCACUGUAGGCCUGAUCAAUAAAUCAUUAUCAGGCUUCGGUGUAACAUAGAUUAUCUGUUGCAUUUUGUCGUGGGACGAAGAAAGGAACUUCACCAGCCACAUAAG